AACUGCUCUCCAUUGAUCCGAACAGCUCCUUGCAAGUCAUAAAGAUUUUAAAUAAUUUCAGACACUUCUGAAGUACGUAUUUGCUCUCAGAUGGCGGAAGUAGAAGAUACAUGUCAAGCAAAGCAUGUUGACGAAAAGACGUACGAAGUGGAAACUCCGAAAAGUGGCACAAUCAAAGCUCAUGUUCAGGGAGAUCUGGAUAAUGCCGAGAAGAAAGCAGUUUUUCUCACAGUACAUGACAUUGGCAGUAAUCAUUCUUCCUUUUACAAUUUUGUGGAACACCCAUCCAUGAGCGAAAUAAAGCAGAGAUCAGUUUUCAUUCACGUUGAUGUACCUGGACAAGAAGACCAUGCUCCAGAUCUUCCGAAUGAUUUCGUUUUUCCAACCAUACAGACGCUUGGAGAGGAUUUAGUCGCUGUUCUUGAUUUUCUCAAAGUGAAACUUGUUGUGGGCUUUGGUGAAGGAGCGGGUGCAAAUGCUCUCGUCAGAUUUGCGUUGGCCCAUUCUACUCGAGUGUUAGGCCUCAUUUUGAUUCAUUGUGUUGCGACUGGUGUUGGUAUGAUGGAAUAUUUCAAAGACAAGAUUAUGAACUGGAAACUCCAAAGUGUUGGAAUGAAUCCUUCAGCUGAGCAGUACUUGGUAUUGCAUAAAUUUGGAGCGCAAUUGGAAAAUGUUGACAACAAAGAGAAGUUAAUACAAGAUUUCACGGAAAAACUGAAGCGCAGGAUAAAUCCAAGAAACCUCAGACGUUACGUUGAAGCUUACAUGAACCGGAAAGAUAUUAUGGGACUUGUCGAAGCUAACCUGAAAGGAAUGGACGUGCUGUUGGUAUCUGGUGGUAAGGCUGCUCAUACACAAGCGGUCCUCAGUAUGUACAUGAAAAUGGAUAAACAGAAGACUUCUUUUCUGAAGGUGGAUAGCGCUGGAGAUGUUUUGAUGGAAGCUCCAGAGAAACUUGCUCAAAGUCUUCAUCUCUUUGUUAAAGGUCUGGGAUUCUUAACAUCUGUCACCCUGCCUGGCGUCGAACGACAAAAAGCGCAUCCUGGAGGAGGGAUUAUUCAUAAGACCCUGGGCGCAGUAGGACGCAGAAGAACUUUGUCGAUGGAAGACUAUGACUUACCCAGACCAAGAAGAACAUCCCUAACUGGAAAUCAAAACUGAGCAAGCAUCUUUGAAGCUCUGGUAGAUUGCAUUUACUUUGCUCUCCUUUAAUCGCGAAAACUUGAAUUGUGAGAAGAGCAUGUACCGAAAGAGCUAAAAUUCUCAUUCGGAAAUAUUUGCUGCUUUCGUAUUCAGAAUUUACUCGUAGUUUAAGAGUCUCAUUUCUUAAAUGCAAAAUUUAUUGUAUUACUUAAUUAACUGUGAAUUAAUUUGUGUACCAAGCCUUAUGUAAAAUAGCUAUUGUAUAUCUUAAUUUCAGUUUCAGUUUUUAUUCAGUAGAGCAAAUAUUUUAGAUUUGUAUUUGUAUGGCAUGAAAUAAUUCAAAUAAUAUCAGUUGUUUGUUGAAAAAAAAGUUAGUAUCAGUGGACAAAUUGUAGAGACAUAUUUUAGAACAACAGGCUCAGGUUAAUUUCUAUUCACUCUUCCUCACACAGGAGGUACGUUUUACUGAAAUUAUAAAAGUAUUGUUUGUCCAGCAUUAAUUCUUUAUACUGCGAAUUUGUCAACUAAUGAGACAUUUUCAUAGAACUUUGUUUUUGUGGCCGCUCUUGUGCAUUUGUAAAUUUCAUAUUAGAGCUUAAUUGCUUCUCUCCUGAGCCUGCUGUUAACUGCUGUAUUGAAUUAUACUGUGCAUACUUAUAUGUGUAAGUUUCUUGAUAAUACGGUUGUAAUUAAUUUACAAACAACCAAUUCUGAAACUUCUAUAAACAUCUUGCUUUGAUUAAUGCCAUUAGUUUGUAUAAUAUUUAAAUGUUGCUGAAAUCACAUGUGUGUUAAAACCCCCUCUCCUAUAUUCAUUACAUUCAGAAAACAGUUCAUAUUAAAUGUACCACUGAAAAUCUUAAUGAAAGUGGUGUUUUUCUCCUUAGUUCGUAAGCCGAACUAAACAUUUAUUCCUAUAUUAAUAUGAAAACCACAGUGAUAAAAUUCGCGGAGAAAAUAUAUUUCCUUCCAAAAUAAAAAAUAUUUGAAUAUAAAUAAUCUAGAAUACACAUAGCUCUAUCUAAUUUUAAAUUGUAAGAAAAUAUUACAUGCAUAAUAUGCAAAGAGAGAUAUCAUAAUUGAUAUCUAUUUUUAAUGUUAGUAAAAUUUCCUUUCCUUGGGAAUGCAUUACAGAAAAUUAAUACAUUACUUAGUUGUGAUUAAUUUCAGGCUUAUUAAUUUUCGCUUUUUUUUUAGAUUUUAAAAAAGUUAAUGAGCAAGAUGUAUGAAGUGUAUAAAUUACAUGAUGCAGAUUAACAAAUAUUAUUAUUUAUUUAUUUAAGUGGAUAGUUUAGCGAAAUUAUUGAAAAAUAAGUUCUCAUAAUAGUUAAGCUUGAAAUUCUGGAGAUAGCGGUACACACAUAGCAUGUAACAAUUACAAUUAAGUUGUGUGGCACAACUACACAUUGUUAGCUCUACAUAAACAAACCCUAACAGGCAAAUUAUGCAUAAUUUUUGUCACUAUUUUCCAACAUGCAUUGCUUGUAAAAUGCAGAUUCAGAGAAUUCCUUAACGAGUUAAAAAAAAACUAGUUAAGAAUGCUCUGAAAGAUAGAUCUACUAAAACAAAAAAAGAACUAAAUAUAAUAAAAAAAGACUAAAUCUGUCAAAGGGAACAGAUCAGUUUAUAUGAAUUUCAAAUUUCGUAAAGAAGGGUGUGAAAUGUGAAUUGAAAACUAAAUAACAGAAAAAUAGAACGAUACGUUUUCAAAAAUAUUGAAGCAUGGGCUAAAAGUAUGAAGUCAUCGCAAUAAUGGAAAAAUUCAGUAUGAGUACGUAUUAACAAAACUGCAGUUAAAUUAGCAUUUUAACUAUUGAAAAGUUCACGUAUUAAUGUUACCAGUUUUCGAUAAUUUACAUUUCUAAUAUCUUAGUAAAAAAUCCCCUUCAUUAAAAUUAUUUUGCAGUGGGUUUAUUUGUUAUUAAUCAUUUUACUUAUAACAAUACAAUUGUUGUUUGAGUUAUAUGUUAAUAAUAUAAUUGUUAUUAUAUUUAACUUGUCUUUCCACUUUUAUAUUUCAAAAAUUUAAAUAAUGCAUAAAAUACAUUUUUAUUUAAAGUGUUUUUGCAACGGGGAAUUUAAAUCUCCUAGUUCCCUAGCAUAAACUCAAAGCGCAUAAAAAAUGAAGGGCGAAUCUGAUGUGAUAGUGAAGUAAAUUGUUUUUUUAUAUUUAAGAAGCAACAAAGUAUCGUAUUCUGAAAUUAUUAUCAUGAAAAUCAGUGUCAGUACUUAAUCUUUGUAAAACAAUCAAAUGCUUUAAAAAAUGUGAGUUUUAAAAAACAAAUGUAUGUGUUAAAAUGUUUCGUAUACUUUUAUAUUAAAAUAUCCAGAUAUGUAUAUUAAAAUGUACCUUAAAUUUACGGAACAGCUACUCAAUUAGAGCCCUAAUGCUGUAAUCUCUUUUUCAAAGCAAUAUUUAUAUAUGUCUCGAUAAAAUUUACACUUAAUAUGAUCAGAUGCUAAUCUCAACAAAACAUAUCAUACUUCUUCUCUGAAAGGGCAUCAAUCCAUAAGCAUAAUAUGAGUGACUUAAAAUUUUGCAAUGAAAGCCCUCUUUUCUAAGAAGCAUUGUUUCAGCUUAACCAAAAGGCUUAUUAAGAUCGGCUUGUCGUAUCUCCAUGCAUUCAAGGAAAGGAAUGUUUUUUUUUUUUUUUUUUUUUAAUUUGAAAAAAAAAGUUCUUUCUGUUAUAUUUCACGCAUCUAAGUUUAUUAGCCUUACAAUAAAAACCCUCAUAUCAUAAUUUUCGUAAUUGAAGGAAUGUUGCAAUGCAUCAAAAGUUACAAAAGUUGAAUUUUCUGAAUUCUACAAAUUAUAUCUUUAUAAAGAUUUCGAUAAAAGUUUUAUAGAUCUAUUUUAGAUAAUUGAAAUCUCACUCUAUGGACUCUAUUGAAGUGCAUUAUGUAUUCUAUUCAAACAUUUCUGAGUGAAAGUUUUACGAGAAGGAUUUAUCGACGAAGUUUGUAAAUUUUAUACCUUUUCCCAGUCUGUUGAAAGAAAUUGUUUAGUUCAGUACUGUCAUAUGGUACUUCUCGUGAUUUAUAGUGAAUUUUACAUAUGUGUAAAAUUAUGUGAAGAUAUUAUUCGAUUUGUUCUUCAUUUAAGUUCGCGUGCCCCUUCGAACGCGGGUUAUGUUUACAUUGGAAUAAAUAUAAUCUAUACAUGAUUUUAUAUAAAAGUUCUUUGCAAAGUGUGCUAAUUUAUAUUUAGACAGACUAUCUUUGUUAUAUAGAGACGGUCUGACUAUUUAAUGAAAAUAAAAUGUCUGUACGAGAACUCUAUAUUGAAAGGGAUCAGAAAGUUUAAAAAUUUUUUAAAAACUAAAAUAUCUGUUACCGAACAUUUGUAUAUAUAUAUCCAGAUGAAUCUUGGCAUAUGUUCGAUGUUAAAAUACUUUUCUUAUCUAAAACUAUAUUUUCGUGCUGUUUUCUAAAUGCUGAAUUUGUAUGUAUAUACACCAGUGUAAAUUUAUAAUAAGUUACUAUACCUUCCAUUUUUUAAGAAGUUAUGUCAUUAAACAAAAAGAAAGGCAAAAAACAUAUCGAAACAUACUUUUAAAUAAAGAAUAUUUGUAUUUUUUAAACUUAAUUAUCUCAUUCAAAGAAGUUUAAGCGCACUAUUAUAAGCUUUUUAUAUAAAGAAUUUACUUUUGUUAUUGUACAGGGUUAAAAAGGAAGAUACACAUCUCGAUCCAAUAAAGUUUGAAUGAUAUAGUCAGUCAGUGAACUCUUUAAGUAAAAGUUCUGAGCUCACUCGUCGAGCCAGUAAUGCCAUUCGGUCCUUAAAUACAUCUUACUAUUUUGGAAUGAGAUCGACUGAGUCUGCUAUUCAGUAAAUGAAAGAUUUAAAUGUCAUUUAAAAUAUGAAGUUCAUAAUGGUUCGGAAUACAUUUUCAUCAACACCCUGUAGUUUGAACAGCAUGUUUCAAAGACCUUAAAAUGCACAGAACAAAUCACAUAUCAGAUAGCUGAAAAAAGGCACAUCGUAUAAAGUAAAUCUAAAAUUGAACAGAAUAUUUCUUUUUCAUAGAAAUAUUCAUUUUAUUUUAGUGCUAUGUUAAAAGUGUUUUCAUACAAGAUUCUUAAUUUUUACUGAUAUUACGAACAGUACUAUCAAAAGGCUCAACUAGUCAGUUUGUUAAAAUAUUAGCAAGUUUUUUUUUUUUGUCGUUUGCUUUUUUUUUUAGA